AUGCCCGCAGUCAACGGAUCACAGACCUCUCCGUCGGCACGGCCGUCGAAAAAGGCACGGCAUUCAAAUGGCACCGCCAAACCCUCAACAAAACCAUCUUCGGCCCUCGAAAAUGCGCUGCUGCAGAACAAGGGGAAAAAACUAACGGCGACCUCGACCACGAUGAAUGGGUUUCGCAAAGAGCGGAACGCGCGGACGGACGAAUCGCGUGCGGUCGUGGGGACAAAGUUCAGUGAAGGCUUCGGCAACGUGAAAAACGAUGUGGAAAUGAAAGACGCCCCGGAAGUGGUCGAAAUCUCGAGCGCCAGUUCCUCGGAUGGCAGUGAAGACGGUGCAGAAGACGACGAAGCGGAGCCAGCACAAGAAAAACUCCUAGGGGUGCAGAAAAAAUCGGUCAAUCCGACCGAGGCACCAAAUGUCAACGGCUUUGGAGCACAUAAGCGGGAGCGAGAAGAGGAUGAGGGAGACCUCGAUGCCGACGACGGCACCACAUCCACGCUCCGCGACCCCGACGUCCCGUCAUUCGCGGACCUCCUCAAAGCACGCUCACCAACCCUUAUCCCCGUGCACUCCCCCUCUCCGCCGCCAUUUACCUCCCUCAGCCAUCCCGGCCCCCAACCCACCGCCAGCGCCCUUGCCCCCCUCGACAACCCCACCCCACCCCACCUCACCGCCCUCCUCACCACCGCCCUCCGCACCUCCGACCCCACCCUUCUCAACACCUGCCUCCUCACCCCCUCCCUCACCACCAUCCGCCUCACAAUUGAACGCCUCUCCUCUCCCCUCACCAUCCCCCUCCUCUCCCACCUCGCCAACACGAUGCACCGCCGCCCGGGCCGCGCCGGCAGCCUCAUGGUCUGGGUUCAAUGGAUCCUCGUCUCCCACGGCGGCUAUCUCGCCUCGUUGCUCGCCGCCGCUGCCACCGACGGCAAAGGCCCCCGCGGCAAGAAGCACGUCGGCGCGCAGGCGCAGGAGGUAGUAGAGCUGAUGAAGAAGCUGCGGGCGCUCGAGCGCGUGUGCGACGAGCGGGCGCGCGGGCUGGAGCGGCUGCUGGCGCUGAAGGGGAAGUUGGACCUGCUGGUCGCGCAGAUGGAGGUGCGGAAGGGGCGGAAGGAGGAGCGGAGAAGAAGGCGCGAGGAUGAGCGCGUGUGGGUGGAGGGGCAGGGCGAUGAAGGAUGGGACUCGAGUGACGAUCGGGGGAUCCAGGCGAUCGUGGGUGCCGAAGGGGAGGAGGAUCUGAUCGACGUUGAGGCGGCGGUUCGGGCGGACUUGGUCGCGGCGGGGAUGGAUGCCGCGGAGUCGCGAGUGCCGAAACCGAGCAAGGGGUCCGCGCGACGGAAAGCCAAUGACGACAUACUCGCGAAGUCGCGACGUCGGUACGAACGGCUCGGCAUGGACGAUGGGCUUGGUUCGGCGGGCAGUUCGGACGAUGACGAGAUGCCGACGACGGGGAUGCUGAACGGCGUGGGGACGGACGAGGAGGAAGAGGAGGAAGAGGAGGACGAGGAGAGCGAGGACGACGAUGCGAGCCUAUUGGAUGACGAGGCGGAGGAAACGAGCGACGAUGACGGAAGUGAUGGGGACGAUGACGAUGUCUUCGAUGAAGGGGAGAGCAUUGUGGAUGAUGGGAUGGAUGUCGAUGAGCUGGAGAGCGAGGUGGAAAUGCCGAAGAUCCAGUUGAAGAAGUCGGGCAAGGGCAAAGGGAAGGGAAGCAGAUGA